AUGUUCGCGGAUGACAUAAAAAUAUGGAGUGAAGUCAAGUGUGAUGAUGAUGAUGAUGAUGAUGAUGAUGAUGAUGAUGAUGAUGAUGAUGAUGAUGAUGAUGAUGAUGAUGAUGAUGAUGAUGAUGAUGAUGAUGAUGAUGAUGAUGAUGAUGAUGAUGAUGAUGAUGAUGCAGAGAAGUUGCAGUCGAACAUCAACAAACUGUGUGCUUGGUCGAUCAGAUGGCUUUUGAAGUUUAAGGUGUCCAAAUGCGUGGUUUUGCACCUGAACACCGGCCGCAAUGCCUCUCCCAAACACCGGUACUAUAUUGACGAGACGAGGUUAGAAACUGUGGAAAGAGGACCACAAAUCUAUCGCCAUCAGAACACUGUAGAAAGAUGGUCCAGAAGGCAACUAGUACUCUACACUGGAUCAGAUGUGCAUUUAAAAUAAUUCCUCCCAAUCUCUUUGAAGGACUCUUUGGUGUCUUUGUAAGACCUCAUCUGGAGUAUUGAACGCCAGCAGCUUCACCAUUAAUGAGAAAGGAUAUCGACUUACUCGAACAGGUGCAACGCAGAGCGACAAAGAUGGUCGACGGUCUUAAGUAUUUGUCUUAUCAGGAGAGGCUGAAUUUGCUUGGCUUAUCCCCCCUUUCUUAUAGACAAAUAAACUACAGUCUAAUUUGGACUUUCCGGAUUGCCCGCGGACAUGGUUGCUCAUUAAAAGCAGAGGAAUUCUUUGAGUUUGCUCGUACAAACCAACUACGCGGCCAUAUCUACAAAGUCGUGAAUGAGCGCACGCGCUUAGAUCGUCGAAAAUUUUCACUCAGCCAGCGGGUCAUCCGACCGUAGAACUCGCUUCCAAGCGAGAUGGUGACGGCUGCCACAGUUUGCGUGUUUAAAAGAAAACUUGCUCGCCUAGUUUUAGACAGAAGUCGGCUUUUACAGCAUGACUAUGCACAGCCAUUUUUGUAAAAAACCCUCCGCAAUUAUUUACAGUGACCUUAUGCACUAACUUAAGAUUACGAUUGAACUGUGACUCAAUCACAAUGUAAAUGCCCGUAAUUUUAUUUUUGAGUACGAAUCUGCGAAAGCACUGUACAUAAGUAGGAUCACUAAGGGCUCUGCCUCUAACCCACCAAAUAUAUACAUACAUAUAUACUGGAAAGUCGGCAUCCCAAGAAAUAAAAUUUGAAGGCAGAGGCGUACUUUGGGAAAGGUAUUUUAUUGCGUGAAUUUUCGACGCUGGUUCCCCAGGUCGUCGUCAGACGCAGACUGAGAGUAAAUGUGCCGGCAACAGUUAACAUCUGGCAGUGCACACAAAAAAUCGAUAGUCGUUCGCGUUUGCGCCCGUUAGCGGCCGCUAUUUGCGUCAAUCCGGCCCGAUUGGCUCUCGUCUCUUCCAUUUCUCCUUGAGACUUUUGUACGCGGCGUCCAACUCGAUAUGGCGGUUGAUGCACGAUUCGUCCGAGUGCAUGGCCUCAAGGAACUCUCGGCCUUUCUUUAAGGGGCAGGCACCUACAAUCCGUGCAGACUUUAUCGUCGUUUCCAUCUGCAGAACGAUGUUUCUGUUCUGCCCUUGAUUUGUGAUAUUUUUGAUCGAGCUAAGAGAUUGUCUGAAGAAAAACAGCUAGCCGAAGAGGUACAGUUUACCGAAAACCAUUCGUUAAAUGUCUCGAAACUUUUCUCUAGAAAAAUACGAACUCAGAGAAAGACGCAGCAUCCCAUCCUCCGAGACGAUCUCGGAAAUCCCAUAGUUGAUGCCCAGUUAACCGCUGAUAGCUUCAAUGAUUUCCUGUCCAAAACGUUUAUAGAAGACUCGACCACUCCGCUUCCGACCAUCCAGUCAUUGACCGGGGCAGUUCUAGAAACUAUAACUUUCACUCUGUGGGAUGUGACUGUUGCGAUUCGGCGUUUUCGUCAAUCUUAUAGUCCAGGCACUGAUGGUGUCCCAGUAAGCAUUUUAAAAGCCGAUGCAAACACGAUCUUCCCAUCCCUCUUAUGCAAGAUAUUUAAUCUCGCUCUUGAAAGUGAAACUUAUCCUACCUUGUGGAAGGAAUCACACAUUUUGCCCAUUCCUAAGCACGGCAAAUCUACAUCAUUUGAUGACUUUCGGCCAAUAAACACCCUCCCUGCAGUUUCGAAGAUCUUAGAGACAUUGAUCAAGGAUAAGAUGAUGUGUCACUUAACAGCGAAUAACUUACUGAGUGCUGCUCAGCAUGGAUUCCUCAAAGCUCGAUCUUGUGACACCUGUCAACUCUCUUUCUUUGACUAUGUUCUCCAAUCUAGGGACCAUGGUUUUGCUCUUUACACGGUAUAUUUCUAUUUCACUAAGGCUUUUGAUCGUGUUGACCAUGCUCUUCUCCUCUUGAAAUUGUCCUCUUUCGGAAUAGGUGGCAAACUUUUGAAUUUUAUAUCUUCUUACUUGGGCACUCGCACACAACGAGUUAAGAUUUCCAAUACCAUCUCCAACCCCACACGUGUGAGGAGUGGAGUUAUUCGGGGUAGUGUACUCGGCCCGCUUUUAUUUUGCCUUUUCGUUAAUGAUGUACCCGAUUUAUUUCAGAAUGGUAAGCCUUUCAUGUAUGCCGAUGAUCUUAAAGUUGCAUAUCGAUAUAAACCGGCAGAUCAUGACAUCGUGCUUGAGCUCCUAAAGAGCGAUCUACAGACUUUCGCCCAGUGGUGCCGCACAUGGCGCCUUUCUCUUUCUUGGCAUAAGUGCUCAUUCAUGGUGGUUGGCGACGACCACCAGCCUCAACUAAAUAUUGAAGGUCACUCCAUAAAUGUGCCUAGGGUUAUAAAAGAUCUGGGCAUAUCAUACUCCAAGAGUCUCAAUCUCUCGGAGCACUGUGCCUUGAUAGUCUCCAAAGCACGUAGAACGACCGGGUUUAUCCUCCGAAAUUUUAAAACUAGGGACAUUAGAAUGCGCUUUUUCAACAUGUACGUUAGACCUGGUCUGGAAUACUGUUCGUUUUCAUUUAGCCACAUGCGUGCUUCUGAGCGGAAGAAAAUAGAAUCCGUUCAACACUUUUUUACCAAGAGAAUUUUAACCCCGGAACACCGACAUUUGUCUUACCAAGAACGUUGCCGGCUUACAGGCCUCGAUCCUUUAUGGUUCCGUAGAUUACAAAAAGGACUAUUUUUGCUAUUUAAACUCUUAUAUAAUCACACAUUUAACCCACUCACCUCUUUAAGACAUCAUAUCCACCCACGACGUAACAGUCACCGUGAGGUCUUCUUAUUUCUGCCUCUGGCACGUACUGUUAAAUAUCGUCGGUUCUUUUCUGUAAAUGCAAUUGCUAUUUGGAAUAAACUACCCAUGAGUAUUAAAACUCUGCAAAAUUAUUCUUUAUUUAAGAGAACUAUUACUCGAUUUUUGCAUUCAGAAAAGCUCCCGCAAAUUUUGGGUGCUGAAUCUACUGAUCAACUGUACCGUAGCGAUGGCGUUUGUGGUCUCUGAACACUAUGGCCGGUCUCACCAGCUGUUCCUCAACGCCUCUACUUUGGCUAUCUCCAACUUCAUGAAAGGAAUUUGACGUCCGAUAAUCUCCGAUACCGUGCAACCUCCCCCCUUCUUGACGGUCGAUAUUCUACCACCGCCGGCAGUUUUUUCUCCUGAGCCCUCCAAACCAUAAAAACCACCAUCAACUAUAUUUUUAUCCCUUUAGCUCAGGAGUUUUUUUCACUGCCGGUCGGAUUUAUGUUUAAACGCUUCCCUUGACAAUGCCUGUAAACUGGCAUUAAAUAAAAAUUUAUUUAUUUAUUUAUUCUGUCCCAAGCAAACAUAUGCCCCGUGUCCAGGGUAUGCAUGGCUACUUGAGACAGGUGGUCUCGCCUCUUUACUGCAAGUUGGUGUUCGUGAAUGCGUGUUAGAAUAUGGAUCAACUUAUUAACCACUUCCCGCGGAUCCUACAAAAGCACAGAUCACGUCUGUUGAUAAAGUGUUGAAGCGCCUCACUGGAAAAAAUAACUGUCAGGAGAUAUUUCUAAGUACCUGAAACAAACUGAGCCCACCAUUGCUAGCAUCUAUGGACUACCUAAAGUCCACAAAGCUGAAGUGCCUUCGCGACCGAUUGUAUCGUUAAUCGGCGCGCCCAACUACAAAAUUUCAAAGUGGCUCUUCCACAAACUUCAUCCACUUACUAGGAAUUGUGAAGAGUCGAUUGAGAACUCUACAGAGUUUCUUAAGAAAUUAAAAGGAAUCACAGUUUCCUCCGACGAGAUCAUGGUCUUCUUCGCUGUCGUCUCCCUCUUCACGUCAAUACCAUUGGAUCUGGCAAAACGAUUCACAGAGGACCUCCUGAAAUCCUGUGACAUGGAUGUUCCCGCUAUUGCCUUACUCGAACUCUUAGACCUGUGUAUGGAAACAAAUUUUUCGUUCGACCAACAGCACUACCAACAACUGUAA